UUUCCCUGGCUUGCGAUCUUCAAAGCCCUUAAGCUAUUCUUUUAGCUCUAUUUCUGACUCUGAUACAACUACAUCUGCAAGCCCAGCAUGCGCGCUUCAUUAUUCUCCAUAAUAACAGUUGUGGCAAUUAUGCCAUGGUCAGGCCAUGCUGUGAAGGGCGUGAUUAGCGACACUAUAACAUCGAACGAGCAACUUUGCCGUUCCAAUUGUGGACUGAAUGAUGCCUGUCUUUUGGCUCUCUACCAAUACAAAUGCCGCGAAUGCUGGCUGAUGGAUUGCACGCUCGAGUCCGUUCCAGAGGGCCUGACGGGGGCAGGAAAGGCAACGGAGGGAGUUCAGCCCACCUGCGACAGCGGCAUGGUGCCUGAGCCUCGGGACGACGGGUGUACGGGCGCACCUACUACCACCACGACUACGAGCGGGACUACUGCCACAGAUACGAGCGGUGCGGCUGGGUCAACUGAGACGGGCGACGACGAGACGGAUUCUCCAGCUUGGCGCGCAAGCAUUAGCUGGCUGCCUCUUUGCGCUAUUGUUGCCGCAAAUGUAGUGGUUGCUGCAUACUGAUGAUUGACAUAGAUCCGACUGGGCCAACACACUGAUCAAAUGGACGGGGGUAAAUAGGGAUGCUAUGUACAUAUCGUCACUCAGUUUGUCAUCUUGUUACUGUAUGUAAAGAAGCAUUGAACAGCCUCGGGUAUCGUUGAGCAACAGCUGACACCUCUGAGUUGGGAUUCGGCUGAGGAUACUCCACAGGAGGCGACGCGGCUUGCCUGGCGAUCAGUCCGCAGCUACGUCUGUAUAUCGUGCGCAGAAAGCGCUCGGGGGGAUGACACUAAACGCGGUCCGAGCGCACCAGACCACGAGAGGAAGUAAUCCCGGCACAAGUUGGGCGACGCCCUGUUCCCUUAUGAUACAAUGUUUGUCAUUGUAUCCAAUACCCGCUCGUUAUAACCAAUGCACACGAGAAUUCCAACCUAGGCGACAUGACACAGGUAGCAAAUCCCAAGGAAUCGAGCAGUUUUUUUUUUUUUUUUUU